AUGAGUGAUUAUGUACAAUUGGAAAAUGUCUUACUUAUAUCACACUCAGUCAAACUUAGUCAUUUUAACACCUAUUAUGAAAAACGUGAUUCACUAUGUGCCGCCGCUGCUGGUGCACCUGCCGCCCCAGCCGCCGCCGCACCCAGUGGUGGAGCAGAUGCAGGUAAACCUGGCGCUCCCGCUCCUGCCUCUGCUCCCGUCGCUGCUCCAGCGGCCCCCUCAGGUAAAAAGGAUGCUUCUCCUAAGAAGGCCGCCGCGCCCGCCCCUGCCGCUGCUGGUGGCAAACCACCAAGUGGACCAGUGAAGAAGCCAUCAGCUGGAAGUAAAUCACCGUCGAAGCCAUAUCAAAGAAGAGUGAAACAUCGUCAGAAACCUUAG